AAGGCAAAGCGCUCGCUUGGUUUCAAUCAGCACUUCUCCGAACAGCUAUCACUUAGUUCAUUCGCGGUGCUGAAUUUCCUGAGACCUAAAUAUGCAUACAGGCGGACAGCAGGCGAGAAACACAAAACAGGACAAGGAUGAGAAGGAAACAAUAACACAGUCUGGUCGUGCAUCAGGUGUCCCCCUUUAUCUCUUUCUUCUUCUAAGGGAAGAAGUGAUGGGUAAGGGCUAGGCGGUGAGGGUGGUGUUGAGGGUGUGAGGUCGUCUGAAGGCGGAGCACUCUCCAUGCAUCCCCCCAAAUACGUCUACGGUCUUUCCUUCCACACUUUCACCCUGCGGAGCCGAAGUUUCGGCGGGGGUGAGGAGCAAGAGCGGCGGUGCACUCCUUUCUUGCCGGUCAAAAGCCCCUUUCUCGUGGCGGCCAGCUUGCAGUGCGUCCUCGGAUAUUUCGGCGCUCCAGGAGUCACUCGAGAGGCACAGGGCAAUACAGUAGUGUGUUACACUCGUGCGAUGGCUCGGCCCCGGUACUUGGUAGUGGUGGUCGUGUUGGCCGCCGCGUGCGCUUUCUUGGCCGCGGCCGACGAGGAGCAGCACGCUGACGGCGUCGGCAGCACGGAAGCACCUUCGGCGUCGGCCGAGACGUCCACCGUGGAAGACAUCGAGCCCUUAGUGGCCGAGGCCGUGUCACAGGCCUUCAAGAUGGGCCUGCCCGUGUUCACUCAGUUCGGUUCCGACCCGAACGUGUCCAGCGAGUGCUCGGCCGCGCUCGUCAAGACUAUGCUGGGGCUGCGCCGCAUGGAGCCCUGGGCCAUACGCAUGGCUGAUUCGAACGGCAAGCCACCGCCCGGCAUGCUGCAAGGGAGUGUGGCCGACCUCGGAAACUACGACGAGUGCUUGGACGUGGUGGUGCGUGACUUCUACGGCGACGUCGACUUCAUGGGCCAGUACUGCAGCUUGUUUGUGAACCCCAAAGGCGUCCCCUUCUUGAGGAAGAUGAUCGCCAAGUUCCAGGAGCAGGGCGAGAUGAUGGGUUCCAGCAACCCGAUGAACUGGCUGAACCAGGACCUGUUCUUCGGCAUUCAAAUGGGCAUAUGCAUUCCGUCAACGUGUUCGGGCGCCGAGCUGCGCCACAUGGCGGCCACGCUGCUGCACCGGUACGGCUUCCAUACUGUGGUACGCGGAUGCCAGGUCAAGGAGAGCAAACCGCCCAAGCCCUACCAGCGUGGCCUGCUAAUAUUCCUCGGUGUUCUCUCUCUUAUUCUACUACUCGGCACUGCUUACGACGUUGCUCGCUACUACCUGCCAGAGGAGAAAAAGAAGGUUCUUCCAGAGCCGCUGACCAAGGUCCUGACGGCUUUCUCAGUUGUGGCGAAUACUAACAUGCUGCUCACGACAGAAGCGGCCAACGAAUCGGACAGCAUGAAGCUGCGCUUCAUUCACGGCAUGCGGUUUUGGAGCUCAUCGUGGGUCAUUUUGGGACACACCUACUUCCUUGUCAGUGUGACCUCGCUGGCUGACUCACUCAACAUAAUCAAGUACCACAGCCAGGCCGCGUUCCUCAUGAUCGCAAACGCCUACCCCUGCAUACAGACAUUCCUUUUUAUAAGCGGAUUUCUUGUAGCAUACAACGUGAUAAAGUACCUCAAGGAUUACAAAGGGACCCUGGCCGUUCCUAUCGUUUUGUUGCUGCUCCGACGAUACAUCAGGAUCACAGCACCGGUGAUGUUCCUGGUGGGAGUGUGGCUUCUGUUGCCUCUGUUCCUCACGGGCCCGCUAUUCUCCGAGUACAAGGACAUCCUGUUCGGUCAAUGCGAAAAGAACUGGUGGCGCGUGCUACUCCACAUCAACAACUGGGUUCCUUUCUUCGAUAUGUGUCUGGGUCACCUGUGGUACAUCAGCGUCGAUUGGCAAAUCUACGCUUCCCUUUGGGUAAUUCCCAUGUUAAUGAUCAGGUACAAAAAGGUUGGCUUCGGUGUGCUCGCCCUUGUCGUGCUCGUCACUUCUGCAGUAGUCGCGAUACAAACUCGUCUCUACGACUACGGACCUACCGCUAUCUACAUCGACACUAACAUCAACAAGACGAUAGAUGCUGGUAACCAGGUGUACUUCAAGCCGUUCGCCCACGCCGGGGCCUUCUGCGUCGGCGUCGCCACGGGCUACGCUGUGCUCGCAUUCGGAGCUAUGAAAAUCAAUCUGUUGAUGCAGGCAGCCAUGUGGGUGCUGUCGGGCGUGAUAGCCGCCGUGGUGAUCUUCGGUCCAUUCCGAUGGUACAAGGGCGCCGCCUACGACACGGCCGACGCGCUUCUGUACGCAGCCACACACCGCACUGCCUGGUCCCUGAGCCUGGCCUGGAUGACGUUUGCCUGCGCGACUGGCCGCGGCGGCCUGGUGAACCGUUUCUUGAGCUGGGCGGCUUUCGUGCCACUCAGCAGGCUCUCGUUCUGCGCAUUUCUUAUGCAGACCGUGGUCAUCCUCAGUAGGAGCCUGGUCACCAGAGAGCGCAUUCACUACUCGCAUACCUCAAUGUUCCAGGACUUCCUGUUCGCCUUCAUGAUGACGUACAUGUGCGCCUUCCUACUGUUCCUGGCCAUCGAGGCACCCGUCGGUAACUUGGAGAAGAUGCUAUUCAUGGGCAGCACCAAGCAGAUAGCUCGGUCCUCGCAGCGCUCCAAGACGUCGCAUCAGCAGCCGCCAUCCGGCAACGCUGCGCCCGUCGAGGUGGUCAUGAUGCCGCACAAGAGAGCCGACAACGGGACAGACACCGACAACUAUGACUCUUCCAAGAGCCGCCUCUGACACCAGCAGGCCACUGCUGUCGCUUUUAUGAGUGCCUGCGUACGAGACCCGCGUUCGGCGAUGGACUGAUGACAAAGAUGGUCUAUAGUUUGCUCUAAGAUUCAGUGAUAGCACUGCGAAACGAAAAAAAAAAGAAGCAACGGGUGCGCUUCCGUGUCAGCGCGGACGCCUACUCGCUUACACAUAUUUUCGUCCCCGCGCGCUAGGACAUGGAACGUGGAGCGUUGCACCUGAUAAUUUAUUAUAACGCUCCACGGGCUUUGUGAUCGAUGACUCACUUUCAGUGCUACUUUCAAAGGACGCAGCAUAACGCGGGGUGUCUCUCCUUGUGGGGCUGAGCAGUAGUGGGCGCCGCAGUAUUGCUCA